AUGGCUGGAACCACCGAUGAUCGUUCGCAUGGCUCCGAUUCUCCUCCUUUUACUUUACCUCCUUUCGUCUCCAAUCUAUUCCCGUUUCUGAAACCUAAGGCUCCUGUUUCUGUUAUUGAUGUUAAUGUUCCAAAACCCAAGGAUGUCUCCGGCGACGACAAGGAACCUCAGAACUCGACCGUCUCUUUCCCUUACAAGCCUCCCACGAACGAAGAGCCAUUGAAGGUUGAGGCUGAGCCUAGCCCCGGCAGGACUUCCAACUCUUUCGUUAUUUGGCAGUUGGAAUCGCUUGGUAAUUGA